AUGGGCUCUGAUUGCUUGCAAGGAAAGGUGGAAUUUAUUGGUGGAAUGUCGGGCAUCGUUGACGAGUCGUUGGAGUUGUCGGAUCCAACACCAGAUAUUCACCAAUUAUUUGUAAAAUUCAAUGCAAUGUUCUUCGAAGGGGAAUUAGGCGGCUGCGAAGUGAAAUGGAGUCCGCGCAUGACGCUAUGUGCGGGAGUGUGUAGUUACGAAGGUCGUGGAGGUCUGUGUUCGAUUCGUUUGAGCGAACCAUUGCUAAUUUUAAGACCGAGGAAGGAUCUCAUUGAAACACUUCUACACGAAAUGAUUCAUGCAUAUCUUUUUGUUACGGAACGCAACAGAGAUCGGGAUAGUCACGGUCCUGGAUUUCAAUAUCAUAUGAGACGAAUAAAUGCUAUCGCUAAAACGAAUAUAACUAUAUAUCAUCGGUUUUACGAUGAGGUUAACAGUUACAAACAACAUUGGUGGCGAUGUGAUGGUAUAUGCCGUUCUCAACCACCUUAUUUUGGUAUGGUAAAACGAUCUAUGAAUAGGGCCCCAGGUCCAAAUGAUUUUUGGUGGAAAAACCACUUAAGGCGAUGUGGCGGUCGUUUUAUAAAAUGUAAAGAACCAGCAAAUUUUGGUAAAAAAUUAUUCGGUUCACGUAACAAAAACAAUAACACGUCUUCUUUGGGUGUCUCUGGGCGAACACCAUUUAUUCAACGUGUAAUAACGUCGUAUUUCACGGGUGAAGGUCAUUCUCUGGGUUUUUGUGAUGAGAUAAAUAAUAAGAUAAAUGAUGUAUUAAAUCCACUUAGUAUAGUGAGACAGAUGUACCACGAGCGUUGGUUGCAACAACCGGAAGUUGCAACGAACCGGUCAUCCCAAAUAUGUGCUGGAUCUAGUGGAUCCACAACUUCUAAUUUCAUUCUCUCUGCGAACUGUACAGAUUCUCAUGAAAAGCCAGUUGAAAAAGAUAGUCUAAAUUUUGAUACUUCAUCUUCUGACAUUACCGCCCUUGAAGUGAUUCAACGGUUUAAUGUAAAUUGUCCUGUAUGUACUAUUUCUGUGCCUGUAAAUCUUAUAAAUUCUCAUUUAGAUACAUGUUUAAUUCCAUAA